AUGGCUGAAGCAAAAUCGGUUCGCUUUUCUCCCAUAAUAGAGGAAACUGCAGACGAUAUAUCUACCGCAAGCUCUAACAUGGACUUUUUCCCCAGCGGAAUGAAUUUCGAAGAUGCCUAUAUUGCCAGCUUGUCAAAGAGCGCCAAAAAAUAUCACCUGCCAAAUGAAAACGAACAAAGGCUACUACAAAGGCGCAAAAAGGGUCUUCUGGCACUCGGUUUCGUUCUUCUUCUUGGGAUUACUGGAGCUGGAAUUUAUUUCGUUACAAGAGAACUGUCUAACCAGGAACCAUACUAUUACAGUGGAGCAGCAGUGAGAGGAAGCAAACCUGAAUUUGCAACAAAGAAUAUGACGUUGCAUUUCUUAUCCUACUCAGCUACAAUUUUGAGCUCCUCUAUCACCAAAAAGCCUUCGCUUGGUAAGUUCACCCUUGACUCUUUUUUGCCACUUUUUACAAUUGCGUAUCACCCAUGGUCAGUAUGGUUUAUAUACUCAAAUUGUCCAUUGAAGUCUUAUUUUUUGCGCCCAAAAUUGAAACUGAAGGAGAGAUAUUACGAUGUAGAAAAUAAAGCAAAGGUUAGUACUAGGACAAGAAAGGUUCAUUGAAAAUGUGUAACAACGAAUACAAAGGAUAUUCUUUGUCUCAAUGAGUAAAGUUGAUAUUCUAGAAAUAUCUAAAGACGCCUGAAACCUUAUUUUAUAGCUCUUUUUCGAGCGAUUUUAAUUGGUACACGAUUCGUGUGUCGAUUGAAGAGUAAGGAACAACAUGAAAUGUAUGUAAGAACCUCGAAUAGAUAGAAUAUGUAGUAACAGCAUAGGAUGGCCAUCAUUUCGUGCAGGUGUUUAUUGAACAAGGGCCGAUAAGCAAUUGGUAAGAAUUCGCGAUACAGAACUUCAAGAUUAGUGUAAACCUCGUUUUGAAAUGCGCCUGUCCCAGGUAUAAGUUUUGUUUUCCUUUUAAUUUUCACUAAAUAAGGUACGUGACAAUUUUCCUCUUCCAAAAUGGGUUAAUUUGGAUAACGGAUAAAUUUCCAUUCUUGUGGUUCUAUCAAUGAUGGCCACCUGCCGUUAGUAACUAAUGGACACUUUAUAGCUUUAACGCCUUCUAAAGCAGGACAUAUAAUUAACGGUUUCAAUAAUAAAAGCAAAUUUUUGAGAAUUAACCAGACUUCAGUUAUCACGAAGAGCCGACUUUUACGGCGGGUGAAUUGAAACCAUGCAGUGCUUGGUUUGGUCACUCUAAUUUGAUAUGUAUUGCACCCCUAUGCUUUUGCACUCGAAAAGAGAGCAGACUUCAUAGGCUUUAGUGUGAAAUAAUUUACACUGAAAACGGUCUGAUGAAGCAGCGUCAGUCCUCAAAAAUCCGGCUGAACGAGGUCAAUAACGAAGUUUUAGAUUCCGACAUAAUUCACAAAACUCAAUUAAAAAAACUCUAUUAUCAUAAAUUUUGAAACUCUUCACAAUAGGCAUGGAAAUACUGAGCUUAAGUCCAUUUCUAACACUAGUAAUUUAAUGAAAAUUUAACUACUCGAUGAAAUUAUUAUCUUAUGAUUAAUUGAAAAUUCAAUUUUCAAUUUAAUUUUUAUACAGAGUACGGCAAGAACCAGGCUUCAGUGCCCUCGGUUAAGGCAUCAAGCAUUUUACGAUCAAAGCCAAGAGGUCCCAUAACCGGAAUGCUUACACCAACGACCAUCACUGAUUCAUCAAGCCUGAAGAAGAUCACUGAAACAAAUCAGUGGAAUACAUCAUCUUUUUUGACACCAAGCUUUGCAUUUGUAAUAGAAAGAUCUUCGUACUUCGUUAUGUCACAGGACUCCGUUAGAUUGAUCAUCAGAGCAAAUACCAUAACGUCACCUUUCGUCACACAGGGAAGCUCUUGGAAAGACUACAACACGAGAAAAAGUAUUCCAUCUGCUUGGGCAAACUCGAAGAUAAUCUUUCUUACAUCAACUGGGUCAUCUGUAGGUGUCAAUCGGUCUUCAUUACCUGACAUCAGAACUAGUUCCUCUUUUGGCCAUAAGGCCGGCAGUGUGGCUUUAUCAAUUACGCCACAUUCACCCCUGCGAAAUUCAACUUUGGUUAAAGAAUCGCAGCGAUCGUCCUAUUCCAGGUUUACCUUUCCUUGGUAUUCGUCUCAAACUGUAAAUUCAUCAGAUAUUGCAACCUUCAAAUCGGUCUCUAAUACCAAAUUUGCGUCCAAUGAUUUUCAACCAGCAACUGAGAAAGGCGAGUUAUCAACAUCCAUCCAUUCAAGACUCACCUCUCAUCCACCUGAGUCUUUUAGCGAAUCGAGAAACCCCACAGAAGUUGCUGUAGGUGGAAUGUUAUUGGAAACCACUCUAGAGUUACCAAACACGAAAAUCAAAGUAUUUUCUUAUCCAACCAGCUCUCGUAUCAUAAACUCUCCUGGUGAAGACCGACCAAUAACCAUUUUAAAUCAACUACAGACGUCCUAUUCAAGGAACUCUAGAGCUCUGACAAAUGAUACAAGAGAAACUUUUACAUUGUCAAGCUCUAACCCUUCCUCAUCUCUUGUUCACACAAUGCACUCUAACCACCACAAAACUUCAUCAAAGAUGCACAGGCCUUUUUCUUCAGAAGUAUCUCAAUAUACUGAUGUACUCCUAUCGUAUACUUCAAUUCAUCCCGUGGCUAAUGGUUCUGUUUUUCAGGAGCAAUCUUCACAAAAGAUUUUUAAAGGAAGUAUUCAGAAAACAAUGUUUCCAUCUUCAAGUUUCAUUGGUAUUCACACUGUAUCAAAAUCACCUCGAGAAAUUAAGAAAAAUUCAAGGCUUUCGUCAGCAAUUUUUUCCCGAGAAAGUGACUUGCUUUCUUUACAGGCUACCUCAGACUCUUGCUUUCACUCUGUCUCGUCGGAUAAAAGCCACAAUAUACAUGCAGGCCAUAAUUCUGAAAGAUCGACGGUUGUAAAGAUUUUGUCUCUAAAAAGCACUGGUGCACUUCCCAGUGUUUUGCAGCCAAGCCCAUCACACGGAAACAAAACCUUGUUUGACACUACUUUGACUUUGUCGCUGAUGACGAAAAUCUCUAGCAGUAGAUUUUCAGCAUCGCAACCAUUGUCCAGUUAUUUUCAUUUUCCGGCAGUUAAACCAGUCUUACCCUACGCCUCGUCUUCGAUGAAUAUGCACCACGGCAUUACUUCCACUGUUGUCUUUAAGAAAACCAUUACAAACCACGUUUCAUCUCGGAGCGUGGAUAGAAAAAACUUCAACUUCUCGUCAACUCAUGGACGUAUUUCAGCUUCCAUGGACGUGAAUUCCAGACAUACCUGGAACAUUGGGUUUUCAAUCAUCCCUGUCCGCUCAAUAUCGCUGACGUCAGAGGCAAGCUCCCCAGAGAGUGCUUCAACGCCAAACCUUUUUAUAGGUACGACUUUAAGCGUGUCCAUGCAGACCUCGACCAAAGGCACUAGCGACAAACCAGUCAGAUUAAAAAGUGCGAGUACCUCUGCCGUGCCAGUUUCAGUUUCCAAUCCGUCCGUUACAUCUUCGAAAGACGUUUGGCAUUUUUCACGAUCACUACCGACUGGUGAAAAAGAUGAAAGUUUGACAAGUUCAAGAGCAGAGGAAAGUAAACUUGUACUCUCAACUAUGAUGUCCUCUGGUAGACACUUGAAAAUGAAUGUACCAUUUGAAAAAUCUCAGUCCAGGACGCCUAACACACCUGUAACAAGAUUCUCCACGACCAAAACAUCAACAGCGGCACACUCUCUAAUUACCGCACUGUCUUCGUCUGAAAUGUCGAUUUGGUCAACUCUAAGGAAAACUUCAAGAGGAGCAGCUUGGCAAGGAAAGAAUAGUUGGGAUUUCAGAGUUAACGUUCGUACCUCCACAUUUGAACACGAGAGCUGGAAGUCCAGCACUGGCUCAUUUCGAACCAUAGCUCUGACUGCUUAUGUCUUUCCACCCCUUAAGACAAUUGCAAGCUCACCUAGCAAAGACUCAAGUAACAAGGCGACAAUUUGGAAAGUUACAAAUUCUACUAUCAGCACAGGUCUAUUCUCAAUGUACUCAACGGCACUGUCCCUUAACCUGUCCACAACAAUUAGCAUUAAUGUCACAAGCAGGUCAACGAGCGAGACACCCUGGAACAUAUCUGUCUCGAUGCAGUGGCUAAAUGCCACAGCGCAUGUGACCUCAAAAUUUCCAUCAAAUGUGAACUACACUCCUACUUCGCACCUCAGAUGGGUACAUCAGAUUACGGAUCAGUAUCCUUAUAGCUCGGUGAAGCCCACUACCACUGCAAGUUGGAAUUCUUCAAAUCAGUUCGAAAUUAUGAACGGGUCUUUAGUAAUAAAGAAUAGAGAUUUUCAUGUAAAUCUGUCAAAUCCAAACUCCACAAUGUUCAAAGUCCUUGCUGAUAAAGUUGAGGUUAUAAUCGAGGACAUAAUUUCCGUGGAUGCGAAAGUGACGUCCUUUGAGGAAGGAAGUGUCAUUGCUCUGUUUUACCUUAAAGUGCCACAUGACGCACUGCACAAAGAUUCAGAUUACCUUGAAUUACUGAGAGCUGCUAAUGAAACAUUAUGGCAAGGUCUUGUAGUAGUGAACAUCACUGUUACAUUACGAGUUUACAGGGAACGUGCAGAAUCACAGGAUACUGCAACUAGACACUUUAAAAGGCUAUCAAAUGCCGCUUUUAUUGCAAUAUUUACAGUCUUCUUUGUUUUGCUGAUAGCUGUUGGAGGGUUUGGAGUUUACAUUUGUAAAAAGAAAGGAUACUGCGAGAGAUCAACAGUUAAACCUGCUGAGUGAGUAUAAGGACGUUGAUAUAUGAAUAUGUACACCUACCACUAAAUUUGCCGCUUGCUUCUUUUCGCGUCUAAUUAUCUUGUCAUCCGUGCUUGUAUUUUUGUUUCUUGCUUCUAUGUUUAUGAAUCUGUUUUUCAUCCAGCCAACCCUACACAUUAAGUCUCGUAACGAAUUUUCACCAUAAAUUAGCCGUAGCACUUUCUUCAUUUUACAGCGUUUUUUAUCACUAAAGAAAAAAGGAGAGAAAUGAAGACAAAGCAAUUGAAUUUUUCUUUUUCCAUCUUUCAGCUCUUCAAUUCCACCCUCUGAGUCUCAAAAUAUUCAACCUGUUCGUCGUAAUACUUGGGUUAUGAGUGAUGAAAUUUUUAAGGAUCACGACCAAAGAAGUGUACCAUUUUACGAGACGUUAAGUAUGAGAGUCCUGGAGAGAAAAGACACAAACAAAGAGGGAGGUUGUAAUCCUGAUCUGUUAAGAAAAUAUGCUAGGAGCCCAUUUGAACCAAAUUAUUCCAGUGGUGAAGUAGGUAACUUUACAACUCGAAACACCUUUCGUUCGACAUCACGAUGCACGUCAAGCUCGCAUCUUGAAUUAGACGACUCUGAUCGUCCAGUUAGUGGUUCAUCAAGAGAUACCUAUUUGAAUAGCGCUAGGCAAUCUUCACAUUCCGAAGACGAGUGUUAAAACGUUACCCGCUGAAAAUGACCAAAAGAGCUCUUAGUGUUCAACAAAAGAAUCGACAGAAAGAGAACACUUUUCAACUGGUUAUAUUACCUAACUAGCUUGUAACAAUUUAGUUUACUUCUACCCACGCUCAUACAGAUUCCUUGAAACUGUACAUAGUUUUUUUUUAUAAUUAAAUAACUCCUACUCAAUUUUUUCAUGAUGAAGUUAUAAUCCGGGCUUAUGGGCAAAGUUAGUCGCGCUUAUUAUACGUAUAAUACUCAACUUUACAGCGGGUUUGAUAAGAUCCUUCACAAUGUGUGCAUCUAUGGUGAUGCUCAGGCCUAAACUUAGCUAUAAAUAGACAUAAGGUUCACAUAAGCUUGCCUCUAACAAAUUUAACUGUUAGCCUUAUCCGUUCAUCUUAAUGUUCAAUCGGCCUUGUAAUUUUAAGUGUAUGAUACGACAAGCUAUGGCAUUGAAUAAGGAGCUAGAGACCAUGCUUCAUGUUCGAAACACUCAUUUUUUCAGAACCUUGGCGGAACUGAGUUCACCAAAUUCGAGUUAGUCUACUUAAUUUAGCUAACAACCCUAAGCUGUACUCUUUGCAACGAGCUGAAUGCUGCAUGGUCGUUGCGAGGGCCCGUCAUACGGAAAGUGAUUGCCGCUUUACUUUGCUCAACAUGGCGUGCAUUUUUGAAAAAAAGUUUGCCAAAUUUCUCUACAUCAAGCAAAUAUCUAUGUGAAGAGUUACAAACGAGGCGCAAAAAGAAGUGACUCGAUUUUUAUACCAUUUUUUACACACUAAUCCCAAUGAUUUAUCAGAACUCGAGAAACUUAAUACUUUCGAAAGGACGAAAGAGUUGCCGGUUCUUUAAAAGAAUGCAUAAAUUAUAAUUUCAAUGUUCUGUCGCUAUGGUAACACACGACGCUGUUCGUAAGAAGUAGAAAGAGAAAGGGGCCAUGACAUCCGUAGGGUCUUACACAGAGAGUCAUGCUGUAGCACAGGUAAGGUAUGGAAUUAAUUUCCUUCAAAAAUUGCAGGUUGACAAAAAACGUUUUUACGCUUUGAACAGAGUAAACGCCAGUGGAUUUUAUACAGAACCAUAACUGUGUACCAAUUAGGCUGUGUACCAAUUUGCAGAAUUGCUAUAUGGAACACAUUACCUGGGAGAAAAUAUUUCGCUGGCGUAAGGAUAAGAAAAUGUUCAAAGAUAAGAGAGACCGAGCUAAAUUGCGAUUGAAACUACAAUGAAAAAAAAGGAAAAAUAUGUGUUCUUGCCUUUCUUCAUUGACUAAUUAAAAGUCAGCCCAAGUUAGCUUUUCAGCAAAUGUAAUGCGACUACUUUAACCGCCUAUUUUUCGUGAACGGUUUUAUGUCUACGACAAAUUAUGAAAUGUAAAGUUUUCCUCGGUACUUCAGUUUGUUUAACUGAUCCCUGUCGCACAUGUCAUUAAUUUGUCGAUGUAAAUUGUGCUCUUCGAAUCUGACGGUGAAUUUGCCAACUAACAAAAGCUAACCAUUUUUUAUGCACGGCUCGAAGUCAUUCUUGAAAUACCAUUUUUUGCGAAUGACUGUUCCCUGUUAUCGCAUUUUGACAAUCACACUUGUAACAUGAGUACUUUCUUUCUUUACCUCGGGCAUAUAAACUGACACAGGUUGAUUUGUACGCAAUCAUUCUUAUGUUUCUCCGAAACAUUGUUAUGAUACAGGUGACGUAUUGUCUAAACUAAUCUACAGAGAAGUGAAAAAAUAAACUUGAAAAAACAUCUGUUAAAAUGGGAAGGAUUAGUUACUCCAAAGGCUUCCAGAUGAAGGGCUUAUUGGAUAAAAAGGGGUUUUUUUAACAACUCAUGAAGAACCAAGACAGUCUUGAGCUUUAAGCUAAUUAUCACCCAAUUGUCACCUCUUACUCCUUCUUGCAACGGUAAAUUUCAAGGUUCAUUCGUACGGCGCUGUUUCCCUUAUUUAAGAAGUACAGCUGACCGUGACAAAGGUGUUUCUUAAAAGUUCUGCACAAAUUUAUUACAUUUUGAUGGCGCUAAAAAAUAGUCAUGCAAUAAUCAAACACUGAUCUCUUUCAGAGAGGACUGAGAUCAUGCAGUAUCGGAUUAUCGCAUCAUUACAUUGUAGCCUUUACAAUGGGGUCGUCUUAUCUAAACUUAAUUGAAACAUAUUACCUUUUCUGAUCACGUCUUUUCACGAUAAACUUGACCACUAUACACUUUUAUCGACCUUAAAAUCACGCUGUUUACAUUGCUAUGAUUAGAUGAUGACAGUAACAAUUCCAUUCAAUGAACUCCUCGACGGAGCAGACAUGACUAGAAAUACUGGAUCUGAAAUGUUAUUGGAUUUCUGCGAACAAAAUAGUGUUUUCAUCGUCAAUCGUUAAGUAAUGUUCGCAUUCGUAUGUCUGUGGCGGCUUAUUUUGUCACAUAAAGAAGACAAUGGAAGUGUUUGAAACUUGCGUUGCUUGGUGACUGAAAUUUAAUUUGUACUCACACUCUAAAAGCCACUCUAAAGUGGAAAUUAAAGCAGCUCUCGAUAUUGUCAGGUUACAAGAUAUAAUAAUUUCCUCUAGUCAUGUCCUAAUUUCUUGAAUUGUGUAGCGUUUUCUUAAAUCCCCCGCUUGUUUGGACUAUAAUAAUAAUCUCAUUAGCGAAUUAGAUUUUAGAUAAAAACCCGUUUACCAGCGUGUCAGUGGCCUCAAUGGUGUUGGUCUCAGAGGAAUAAAUUAUGCUAAUCAAAUAUUGAUUAACAUCAAAGAUCAAAUUAAGGACAAGGUUGCUAUGAGGACCGUUUCUAUGGGCUCGAAAUGCAACUCACGAAGCGUGAUGCCAUGUUUAAUGUGUUUAAAGAGUACGAUUCUUUCCAGAUUUGUUCCUUGAUCAAGAACGUUUCCUGAUGAAACGCUACUUCGACUUAGAUAGAAAUUGUGGCUCACAUCGCAGCCAACGGAAUACAUGAAGAAUAAGAAGACAAGGACAUUUGGUACUGCAGCUGACAGUUACAGAACAAUCCUGCGUUUUCAGAACUCAAACGCGGCCAUUCCGCCGCUUCGAAUAUUAUUUACCUUGUGGGUUUUAUGUUGUGGCUUCGUUGCUGCUCAGAGCAAUGACUCGUCGAUUAUUAGUGCAGCUAGAUCAAACUCUACAGGGUCAACUAGUGUUUCAGUGCCCGCUUCUUCUGUCUAUCCUGCGUUGGUAAAUUCAUCCUCCGACAAUGGUAAGUCGUGGUUAUUUUGUAAACCGCUGUUGUGAAGAUUCUAUUAUACGAUUUUCAUCAACAGUUACUAAUUCUAAAAUGUCCGAAUCAUAUCUCUUUAUUUACAGUAAAUCUUACACAUAUGGCGUUUUAACCGUUUAAUAGUUGUUUCUAGAAAUGAGUCGACUGGUGGUCAAUAAUUUUCAUAAUAUCUAACUAUGGGGUCUUUAUCUGAAGACGUAGUAAGUGUAGUUUUAUUUACGUCAACAGAAUAUAUUUUCCGCUAACUGGAAACAAAUUGAGAUUUUUUGUUCCACAAGAGACGAUAUUUCUUUGAGUUGUCAUCGAUCGUGUAUUUAGAGCUUUGAGAAAGAUUAGUUGAUAAUCAAACUGGCUUCUCAUAUCACCCCGACGUGAUAUUAUUUUUUUAAUUUACCAAACUAUAGUUGAGCCUCCGGUGGGUAAUCACAACAAAACCAUAUAAUAUCGACAUCUGGACCUUUAAUGGAAAUACUGACGAUAUGCGGGAAACAAUAAUUUGAAUUGUAGUGAACGUUUCUUUGAUUGAAAUAUCGCGCACUGGAAUGAUGAAUUACAAUCAAACCGAAUUUUAGAUUUCAGUAUUAAGUUCUAGGUUUGUCUGUCAGCUCGAGGGAAUCAAAUUGUCAUCGCACGAUUGAGUUGUUUUAAACAAUUCGCACUUUAGCGAUUAACAAAACGUUUUAUUUCCAGCCGUCUACUCUGACCGCUUGACUUUCAGAUGUUGUACCGAGCCAACGGAAAAUAUUUUAUUUAACUGUUACUUAUUAACCAGCAACAUUGAUAUUCAUUCAAUGAUUGGACAUCAAAAGUAAACUACAAAACAAAUAGGCAAACAUCUUCGUUAAAUGAUAAUGAGCUGAGUAGACUUUGCAGUGACCCAGUGUUGCGUUCUAAGUAUGGAAGGCCACAGCCUUUUACAACUUUUAUAGCGGAGAUUGAGGGCCAAGUAAAAUUCAAUCUUCAUGACGGGCUUAGCCGAUAUGUUUUUAAAUUCCCAAGGGUAUUCGUGAACAGGCCUGUCACGCACCUUAUCAGGAGAGUCGAAUAGAGUCUCGUGGCAUGAUAACUUCCUCCAUCAUAACAGAAUAGAAUAGUUUGCUGUACAAGACAACACAAAGGCGAACUCACAUAAUUUGAUUAAAGAAUAUUUUCGAAAGUCGUGCAGCGAAGAGUUGCCAAGAGCCCCAUUCUGUGGUCAUUUUAAUACUGAAGAAUUGACAAUGGAGCGUAAAUUGCAUGACAAGAGAGCAUGAGGCAGGGUUUUGUAUUUACUUCUCAAAACUGCAUGGUAAAAAGUCUUUGGUUUUGUGUCAAGGAGUCGACAAUUUGGAAUGACCACGUUUCUUACUUUUCUCACUGAAGAGUUGAGCAGACAUAAACAUGUAAGGGACAAUACGAAAAUGAAAUGAUCGCAAGUGCCGUAAAAUUUUGUGUAUUUCUAUUCACCUCCUAUUGAUUUAUUUUAAUUUUUCUAUGAAGGACAUUCAUGCAAUCGGCCGAACUUUCUAUCGGUUUACCAGCGUGAUUAAACGUACGUGAUGUUGGGGGAACACGAGAAAAAUUUGUAAAUUACGAGCCGGAGCCAUUGAUUUAAAACCUUUUUCAGUGUUUUCCAACAUCCCAACUUGGCCAUUACGCCGGCGAACCGAUAGAGAUUGCGCUCUAUUGCUUUUUUUUAAAUGAAUAUGGGUUUAGCGGUGCAAUAAUAGAUAGCUUUUUGACCAAUAAGGGCAUUCGUACUACCUCAGUUGUUAUACAAAUUUUGUUAAAGUACUUUGCUGCUCUGUAUACCUUUCACGGCGUAAUGGCAAUUGUUUCUGUAUCACUGAAUCGUCUAUUGUUUUCUCCUUUCGAGAACCAACCAUCGUACUCACACGUAAUCAUUCCAUCAUCUUCCACCAGCAUUAUUUGCACGACUAGUAUAUUUAUGCAAUUUAAUUUGAAAAGCGUGUUAACAAGGUAACGCCGAUGAUCAAUUGUGUUUUUUGUUCGUAUGCACAAGCAAUUUAUCAUCAUCUUAUUGCUUCUCCUGUAUGAUUAAUAACUUCAUACUUUAGCGAUGAAUUAUAAAGGCAUUUUUUUCAUGGAUUAUUCAGACUAAUCCACUCAACAACGUAGACUAAUGUAGUUAACAUCUAACAUAAACUUGAAGGAUUAACACACCAAGUAUAACUUCUUCUUUUCAGUUAAUAUCACCAGCACCGUUACAUCCCAUUCGUUACGCAACACGAACAGCAUUCUUAACGUACUUCAUUCUUCUGGCUUUCCUAUUGUUGGUUCAACCGAGCCUAUUACACUGGCAAUUUCUUUCGUUACAACCGCGACACCUAACACGCAAAGCGGCGCGGGAAGUGUGCGUUCGUUGUUCGACGCGUCAUCGUUUUCAAUUCCCGGAUUUACCGAGCCGCUAAUACUGGCAAUGUUUUCGAGAAACCCGUCAUCUCAGGUACAGAGCCAAAGCAACUCCUCAUUGUCGUCAAGUAGCAUUAUCAGUGACUUCGUUUCGUCGGCUCAGUCGAGCUCAGUGGACUUUGGCUUCAGUGCGCAUAAAGCGACGCCAUCACUUUCUGUUCAAUCAUCGUCAUAUAUCCCUCCGAAUCAAUCUACAGAUCAGCUCAGUAGUAACACUGUAGUUAUAAAAUCCUCGCCAUCUAAGGGACAAACCGACGCCUUUUCGUCCGUUUUCUCAGUUUUUAAAAAAUCGAACACUUUACUUUCGAUGCAAAUAUCGUCGAUCACUGCUCAAAGUACUUCCACAAAAGCUGGAAGCUCGUCAGUCAUUUCUGAGGCUUUGAAACCUGCAUCAACGGCAAAUAGCUCAGCUGACAUUGUAGUUAUAAAAUCCUCGCCAUCUAAGGGACAAACCGACGCCUUUUUGUCCGUUUUCUCAGUUUUUAAAAAAUCGAACACUUUACUUUCGAUGCAAAUAUCGUCGAUCACUGCUCAAAGUACUUCCACAAAAGCUGGAAGCUCGUCAGUCAUUUCUGAGGCUUUGAAACCUGCAUCAACGGCAAAUAGCUCAGCUGACAUUUCGCAUUUGAGGACAACUGCGUUAAGUGAUUCAACUAGCGUCACUGAAAAUUUACAUGGCACUCAACUACACAUUUCUUCUAGAGGAAGGUCCGCUGUAACUCCUUCAUCGCAAACAAUCAGUCGGAUGUAUACUUCAAUUAACGCACAUCUGGAAACCUCGCAAAACAGUUCAGUCACCCACUACUUAUCGAAAACCUCCGACGUCAAAGAAACUGUAUUAUCUUUACUUCCGGGGGGUACCACACCCACAGUGACCGUUCAACACUCUGGGUCCACCUCACCAUCCAUUCAAGAUGCAACAACUAGUAUAAAGCACAUUUCCUCCGUCGACUCAUCCUUCCAACACACAGUCAACGAUUCCUCUGCAAUGGAUUUAUCUUCAUCGAAACGUGAAUCAAACACAUCUUUAGGUUCGUUUGAUGGACUAAAUUUCACUAUGACUACCAUGAGCUACACCAGCCCACUGGAAAAUUCUUUAAGUUCAGUUAGUUCAACAUCGCAUUCAUCGAUGCCUCUAGAGACUUCAGCAAUCCAAGCAAGUAAAACACAACUGAGUACAGUGAUGAAUAAUUUACACAUUUCAUCUUUCAGUUCAGUCGACAGCUCCGAAUCAGCUGGAUUUCCUUCGUCACUCAGAAUUUCUCUACCAAGCAGCUCUUCUUCAUUCAGUUUAACAGGAAUGGCGUCAAACACUUCUUCGAAAACCUCAGAAACACAUGGUUUACACCUGCAGACAAAGACGUUUACUUUUUUUGUAACUGCCACGCAAGAGAUGCCUAGCAGAUCUAUUAUUUUGGGAUCAAACACUUCUACUGAGGCUUUAUCAUAUUCCGAUAAUCUUUCAUACACUGUUUCAUUGGAGUCGAAAAGUUUGGUUUCAACCCAACUUGUAGCUAUUAAAACCAAACAGCUUUCUCAUGUCUCCACUGUUGCAUCGCUUGUGUCUUCUAAAAGGAUUAGUUCUGUUUUGACGUCACCGUCUGAGUAUAUCGAACCCUCGAUUUCCGUAACUACAAACAAGAGUACAUUUGCUACUCAAGACUUAAGCGUAGGUUCCACGGCCAUGUUGCAGUCGACACCGUUCGCACCAGCCACAAAAAUACGAUUACAAACAGAUGGCUUGACUUCGCUCCCCACUAUGACUUCCCUUCGACGGUCGCCAAGCUCUUUGAAUAUAGUCAGCACCGCUCAUUCAUUGUCGACACAAUCCGUUGGUGAAUCUUCAGCCAACCAUUCCGUGAGAGGGUCAAAUUCUGUUUCAGGUAACAAUUCAUUCGUGGACAGAACUACAACGUCGUCCGAAUUUAAAACCGAGACACCCUUCCUUUCAUCUUCUGGUGACAGGACUGACCUACCAUCAUUGCUUCAAAGUACUACCUUGAGAACAAUUUCGACGCAGAUUUCGUCCUCUCUUGGUUCUGUUGCUAAUUCAACCAACACAACUGAUAGUCGAACGAUUUCUGUAUCUUAUGACCCAUCCAGAUCGUACCCUAGUCAGGAUUUACUUAAUUCCACGUCAAAACAUUUGGAAAAUGCUACCUCACUAUAUGCUGACUCCGCAACUGCGUCACUGAGAACAUCACCUGCUUUUCCCGUAUCAAAUAAAAUUCACACAGUGACUUUAAUUGAAUCUUCAUUAUCUCCAACGGAACUCUUUUCAAACAAAACCUCCUCAACGAUCGGAUCAAAGUCACUUAGCGGAAACUCGAGCGAGUUGUCAACAAUAAGGACGUCGUUCUCAGUAGUAGAAUUAUCUUCAGAGAUCCUUCCAACUCUACCACUGUCGGUAACUGUUUCUUUUUCAAAGUCAGAUUCUGUUGUUUCCGAACUGAUAUCUCAAAAUCUGUCCUCUCUCCUUGAUUCUUCUCCGUCUUCCAGUUCAAACGUAAAGCAAACUUCUAGCAAGAAGCAAGAGGUAACAUUGGUCACCAUAGCAGAGACCUCGUCAAGGACCACAAACCAAUCGGUUUCAGUGCAUGAGAGUUCGUCUUAUUUACAUGUAAUAUCAAGUAAGUUUCAUAACCUUGAAGUAAAUACCCACAAAAUACAGUAUCUACUGACAUGCAAUAGAGACUAGAUGAUGAAACGUUCAGUCGCCUAUGGAAAAGAAAAUGAUGGGAAUCAAAAAAUUAGAAAAACGCAAUUCAUAAAAAAACUUGACCAUAAACUAUCGUUUCGAUAAGUUUAAAACUAUUUUUUUUGAAAUUGUUCAAUAAAAUAAAAAAUUAAGAAAAACAGCGAGCCUGUACGUUCUACAUAGAUUGCUCAAUGUUGGCAUAAUGAAGGAAUUCUUAUAGAUUGAAACUGUUUUUACGGCCCUUCACCAAUACGAUGAAUUCGUUAAAACGACGUAAAUUUAAAAAUCCUACUUGUUGUGUACGUCCGUCACAGGUAAGGCUUCUAGGUAAGAAUUUGCUUGAAAUAAGUAUUAAUAGUCGUUCUUGCCAACUUUUAGUGAUAUGGGAUAACAUUUGUUUCGUUCUUUAAAUCUCAUAGGCUUUACGACCAGAACGCUGUCUACUUCACACGCGCGUCUAUCAAUAGCAACUCUUCCAUUUGGAAAUUCUACUCCAGCAAGUUCGUUUCCCCCUUCAGGUAUAGUCUCCUCCUUUUUUCUAUGUGACGUCAUACACAGUAUUUAUUCCAUUUUAACUGUCUGUAACGAUCCCGAUUACAUCGGUAGAGAUGCCUUUGAAAAGGCCAGGCAUUCACAACUGUACUCCUGGUGAAAUUUGUUAAUGCACUAGCCACUUAGUACAAUUGCAUAAAGCCCCUACCCUUUAUUAAUCGUGUAACAUAUUAGAAAGAAAAAUUAGAAAAAAACAAUUCGAUUACAUUGAUGUAGAGCCUUAUACCAAUUCCUUUAAACAGGAUCUUCCUCUUCCUUGGUUGCAGUCUCCAAAUCGACAUCUGUCAAUUCAUCAAGGGGCUCUGAACUGGCUCUUCCGUCUUCAUCAAAAACGCCAAUGGCAUCUUUAAAAACGCAAAACUCAUCGUUAUUUUCCGCCCUAACAUCAUCAGCUACCGAACGUAUUACUUCCAGUUUAGAAACUGUCUUAAAAACCUCCGGGAAGCUUGCCUCGAAUUCAAAACUGCAGCUAACGCCAUAUUCAACGCAAACAGUCUCAUUGUACACAACGAUGGCUUUGGUUAAUUCCACGAUGAAUCCAUCACUUCACAGUCAUUUUUCGAGUGACCUUCUUAUGGUGAUGAUAAGUUCGACAGUGAUUAUGUCAUCCACGCAACAAGUAAGCGAGCAUCUGUCGCAAACAAAAAGUUUGAAAACAUUCUUGCCUCAGGAGCCAUCAGAAACAUCAACAUCAUCUACUAAUGCAUCAUUAAUACUUUCAACUUACCUUAAUUUAUCAAACACAGUUCUUGAGUACACAUCGAGUAAAAGUACAGGGCUAACUGUGUCCGCAUCAUUCAGUCUGCAGCAGAGUGGGUUGUUGUCGCAAAUCUCGAGUUUGGAGGCCUCGCGCAGCCUGCAAGUUUUAACAACAGAGGUAACUCUCAAUAUGUCAGAAAUAUCUGCCUCUCGAAUCCAAUCACUGAGCGAAGUUUCAGUUAUUCAGACAAGUUAUUCUGUGUUACCAUCUGCACCCUCACAAGUUACUACAGAACCUAACAAGUCACUGACACAAAUAAGAAGUCUAGAAACGUCACAAACUGAGCGGUUGACGCUUGUUAAUACAUCAGUAAGAUCCUCACAAGUCCAGACAUUUAGUAAUUUUCUUGUCACAAGCUUUACGGCGCUGUCCUCAGCCUCCAAAACAACAAUCUCAGGUCUUUCAAGCGAGGGAAGGCCUGUUAAUACUACCAAGAGUUCUGUAGAACAAUCGAGAGCAACUCCAGCACUCAGUGUCUCUUUCCAAAGUGUACCACCGACACAAACUACACGUUUAGCUGCGUCACAAACUUCAAAGUAUACAGCAGUUACAUCUAUGAAUGUGUCAGCGACGCCUUCCUCUAAAGGAAAUCUUUCAAGCGAAUUUUUAGUGAUAACCACUAGUCCACAUGUAUUAGAAUCAUCACUUACAGGCCAAAGCACUUCGUUGACGCAUGCCUCCUCUAGACUAAAAACUUCGCAGAAUUUAACUUUUACUUCACGGAGCAUGCAAAACUCGCUAACACUAACAAUGACGUCAUUAGACGUGGCAACCACAGCCUCGAGCCAACUAAAUAUUUCGAGCAAUAUCUCGAUUUUCUCUGCAAGCGACACAGAAACCUCGACUCUAAUAAAGCCUUCCCCCACAGAACAAUUUGUUUCCAGUUCCGUCAUUACGAUACCGUCAGGCGUCUUUGUGCGUUUUGCUGUGAACGUAUCUCUGAGUACAAACAUAAACAAUGAUUCCUUUAAGGCGCAAAUGAAGACAGGAAUUCUUGCAACAUACGAGAACGGCUCUUCCGAUGGAACAUCAGGAAACAUUACAAUAGAGGUAGGUGUAUGAAUGGAAUAGGAUUUGGUUUUUGGAGGCCCUAGAACAUAAAAUACGAGUUCUUUGUUCUCUUGUUUGAAAAAGGAACCCUCUUUGAACAUAGGCACUUCUCCAUUCAUGAAAAACUUAGAUAAAGGUAUUCCGCAUUGCCUUCAAAUAAUUUUUUUGUCUUUUUCGUCACCUCUCUCCGGCGAUUUUUAUUUUCUUGGAUAUAAAAGGAGAUGUGGGAACCGUCUCUGCAUUUGGCAAGUAUUCUCAAAAAUUAAUAAACUUCAAUUUUUCUUUCUUUUUAAUUGUUUUAUUUUUUGAGAAUUGAAUUUGUUUCCGUCUUUCUUUUGCGUGUCUGUUGCGUUUUGUGCUAAAACCUCAGCUUGACAUUCAUCCAUAUGUUAGGGUACAUUCUUUACAAACAACAGCAAACAGAUUUGACUAAAAUUAUUGUGUUAACAGUGUAUUCUGUUGAGUAAUUCUUAAUAGACUACACGAAACUACGAGAUUGGGCUGGAACACAUAUCUUUUAUACUAAGAUUGUUUCCUUUACUCUUUAUCGUUUCUUCUUGAAGAUCAUCAGUAUCGCGAGAGAACCAAAUGACACUAAAGUGAAUGUAACUUUUAAAGUUGUCAAUGUAAGUGCCAGUGCCGGUGCCGGUGCCAGUGCCAGUGAGCCAGUUCUUGCUUACAACGUUAUUCAAACUAUGCUUCGAGCAGGUUUGAGACUGGGGGAAGCCGUUGGAUUUGAGGUAUUUUCUUCUAGCACACCCCGAUUUAGUUUUUUGUCUCUUAAAGGAACAAGAUUGGGUAGGGUGAUUUGCAUUUGCCCUACAUACUUCUCCUCCCUACAAUAUCCGAUAGGCGCGCAAAUGUUCGAGAACCAAGCUCUUAUCAAUUUUAAUCAGAAAAGUGUCUACAACAUGUAUUGUAGGGAAAGAUAACCAUACAAGAAAAAUCGCGCUCAGUUAUACUGCUUUUGUUUUCUUACACAAGUUUGGUCGGUGUUAGUCUGUCAAAUAUAUAUUGUGAAGUUUGCUCUGUGAUUUACAUCCUUGUCAGUGAUUAUCGUAUCAUGAAACUCCCUCAUAUUCAGUUUGUAGAUCUAGCGGCGACAUUUGACGUUUGCUCACCGAUUGUUAAUGAAAUGUUAAAAUACAUCUGCAUGCAUUGCUCGUAAAUGUAAGAUUUUUUUAACAUUUCUUAUCAUUUUUGUUAUCUCAAGGUUGUAGAGGAACCUGCCAUCUUUUAUCCUCCUUCAACCUCGUCGUUUUCAACCAUGGUGAUGAUGUCAACACUAUCAACGUCUUUAAAAUCAAUAAAUUUCACUUCGGUGGCGAGAGAAUCAAGUGCUAAAUCAACCUUUGAGUCAAGCCCACAUUCAACUGUAAACUCCACAUCGAAGGUUUACACGACACCUUUACAGUCUUACUUGGUAACAUCAACAGACAUCCUACCAAGUACGACUUAUGAAACUAGUACCUUCUUCGGUGUCACAAGCCUAUUGUUGCCAGCAACCUACAUCUCUUCUUCGACCACAAGUCUUCCUUGGUCAGUCUCAUUCGAUGGAAGUUCGACUUCAAACUAUUCAAAAGAACUGACAAUUAUCUCUUCAUCUUCGGUCAUAUUGAACAAAACUUUGUUUACCACUACCUCAAUUUCGUUUCAGUCGGAAAGUUCCAGCUUUCGGGAGACGCCCUAUUUGUCAAGCGUCGAUACAGAUCACCAAAACUCUACAGAUUCGAUUUUUCCAUCAUCAUCAAGGAUCACGUCAAGUCCAACUGGGACUUCAUCCACGUUUAGUGUUCUGUCGCUCAUUAGGGUAAAUGCUAGUGCCCAGUCCAACUCAUUUACAACGUCCCCCGUGAAUAGAACAAGAACUUCAGCUGUAACGAGCUCUACUGAAACAGCAAGCUCUGUAAUUCCAGCUUUUACGACGGUUUCAUUGACGCAAGGAGCCUCUGCUUUCAAGAGUAUGAGUUUCAAUGACAGUUCGAUAACAUUGGGCAUAAUUUCUCCGUCCCCCUCGUCUACUGCAGUGAUGUCGAAUACAACGGUGUUUGGAUCAAUGAUAUCUCCGUCCUUGUCUAUUAUGGUGAGCGCCAAUUCAACAGUGGUAAUGAUGACCAAAUCGUUGUCGCCGAAAGCAAGUUUACCCACGCAGUCUGCAAUCAUCCAAAACAUAUCAUUUCUUUCUUCGACUCUAGCAACUACGGACGCACAAGUAACAACCUUGUCACAAGUUAUGUCAAAUCGCUCAGAAAGCAGCUCUCAGUCAUCAGUGUUCCUCACCAGAAUAUUUACUUCCAGCUAUUCAGUGGGAAAUGCUAGUGAGACCACAUUGCCCAAGUCUUCGGCGAUAAUAUCUAGCAUCAGACUAACAACCAUUGCUGUAACUUCCUCGAAAAUGUCCCUUCUAGCGUCAUCAUCCACGAGAUUGCGUAUAAAUUCCAGUCACGUUGAGACACUUGCUAUAGCUUCGAGUAAAAUGUCGUCAACUGCACUCAGCACCACUAGCUUUCCCCGUCAUUCAACCUCUCCUUCUUCUGUGAUGGGAGCAAGUCAAACUAAAAGUAAAGUAUACAGUUUACCAUUACCCACAUCAAAUGCAUCAGCCAUUGAAUCAGGCACAGCACACGUUACCCCACCGUCAUAUUCAAGUGAGAUCCACGGCUCAAGCGUUGGGACACUUAUGUUCUCGUCAGCGGAGGCUGAUACCACAGUCGUUCGAGUGUCAACAUCUAUAUCGUUGUUAGUCAACACAACUCGUUUCUUAAAGUCUUUAACUUCAAGCGCAUAUAAUACUGCAUUCAUCACUUCAAACAGAAGUAUCGAAGGUAGUACUACCUCUUCACAUGACAUGAGUUCAAGCCCAUCGAUGGUAAAUGUUUCCACAACACGCGGUGUCUCGCAAGUGUCAACGGUGCCAACAGUGACCCGUGUGAACGUAACAACAGAAGUCACACAAGGCAGCUUUAGCCUCUCCAGUCACUUAGCACAAGGAAGCUUAUUGUCUCCUUCGAGAAGUUCAACAAUCACGACACUUCCAAUUAGUAGUGCUAAAUCAAUGACCUCACUAAAUGGUACACAAACUGUCACGCGAGAUCUAUCGUCUGUGACACCAGCAGUAACGUAUGCUGUUUCGAAAUCCAUACCAGAGACCUUGUUGAAAACUAGCACAACGGAAAAACAGUUCACAACGGUUGUCACAUCGAUGUUUAGUGACUCGCUCGGUUUUAAAUCCAUUCGGUCCACGGUGACUUUAUUAGCCACCUAUUUAACUUCAGAUGCUUCUGUUGUCGUACCGACAUCCACGCUGCUUAUUCAGCCAAGCAGUAGCUACGGGUUAACAACGUCAACCGCACAACUGCAAACCAAGACAACGACUGAGAGUAAAUACGUCUUAUCUUCUACCUAUUUAGGUUCAGUUUUAACAACAGAAUCGUCCAUCUCCACUGCGAUUCCUGGGACACGCUCUCUCAGCUUGGCGGUGACCACAGAUGUCGUAGAAUCAAGCCUCAUUGAUACUAUGGUUCGUCACUCUGUGAAUUCCUUGUUAACCUCAAAGAGCAGUUUUAUUUCAGUUCAGGCUACAUCUUAUCAUUCCCCUGCUACUACUAUCAAAGUGUCUUCAGAAAAGGACUUCAUCACUUUAUCUCCUAUGACUACAAGUAGUGUCAGUAAGCAGGUAUUGUUCACAAGUGCUACAGUUUUGUCAUCGACCGAGACUUUCAUUACUUCAAGACGUGUAACACUCGGCUCAGCUUCAAUAACCGCGACGAAUAGUAGUUUGGAGACGUUGCCGCCAAUAUCUGUAAGAGGUUCGAUGUCUUCCCCUAUGAGGGACACAAGCACUUCAAAGAAAUCUUCCAUUGCCACCUCGCUUCCCCAAGGCUCCUUCUCGGACCUUUCAUCUCCAACUCAGGGAGCAUCCUCUCUUAAGAUCGCCACAACAAGGAGAAUCACAACGUUAAUCACGAAGAUGGAAACUACGACAACGAAGAGUUUAAUCACCUCUGAAAAGAAUGCGAAAGCCACUUUAGUGACAGAGACCCCGGCAAGUUCGCUUUCCUCAAGUUUAAAAACAACAGCACUGUCAACGGCUGGACUUUUGAAGAGUACCAUACAGAAGAAAACAUCAAUUACACCAGACGGAAGCUAUUCACCCUCAAAAACUGUUUUGAUUUCCGCAAGUUCAACCACAGAGUUGCCCACUGAACCUGUUCGCCCUACUGCCAAUGCAAAUGAUACUGAAGGGCUUGUUGGUAUUCAGAUACUUGUUCCAAAGAACGAGGAUGAAAAUGUUGACUCCUUCCGCGAGAAAAUCGAAUCACGACUUGCAGAGGCUUUCAGGUGGGGUCAGCGUAAAGGAAGUCAGCGAAAAAGGAGGGACCUGCAACACUUUGACAAGCCUCGUCGUGUUCCCUUUAACGCCAGAACUGAUUUUCAGUUGAGAAAGAGAGGGAAUUCGUUUCAAUUGGACAAUGAACGAGGAAAACGGUUUAGGAGAGAAGUUGAUAACAUUACUGUAUUGGUAAGAAGCAUAGUUUCUUCUUUAAAUCUUCUGUUGUUUUAUUUCUUGCACUUCUACACUUCAACCUUACUCAGAUGGCAGUAGCCAAAACCGGAGAUUGAUAAUGUUUUGUAUGCUUUUUCGCUGCAGGUGGAAACCAUUAGAAGAGCGGAAGCAAUUGUAGGAGAGGAACUCGUCGACAUAGAAUACCGAGUUUUCAAUGGCCCCACUAUGUUAUCUGCGGAAAGUGUUGUGGAGACAAUGAACAGACUAAGCGAAGCUGAGAUGGUUUCCACUCUGGAAUAUGGGGUACACGUCUUAUUUAUUUCUUCAUGUGUUUAUUUCUUUUCCUCGUUUGUUUGUAUUUUUUUCCAACGGUAACUUGAGCUCUAUCUUGUGUUUUCUAACCAUGAUCAGAGCGUUAUGAACCCAAUAUUUAGUACUAUGAAAAGUCACGGCGAGAAACUGACUCAUAAAGCUGCAGGAUUCUGUAGCAUGACGCGACUAGCAAUAUUGCUUCCCGAAUUGAACGGGAUACAAUUGCAUGCACGCUACCCUCAGAGUUUUCCUUGACAAUUUGUUGAUACUCGUAUGUACUCUUUUCUGUCACUGUAAGAGUUAAAUGUCUGAUCAAAGACCACAAAAAUAUGACAGUCGCCUAUACUCGAACUCUGGCCUUUCCAUCUGGUUAGUCGUGCUAUAACCAUCGGGUCAGUGUGUCUACCUUAAAACUAUAUUUUUUUUUCAGGUCACGUUACGACCUUAUGUAAUUAAAAAGACACAGACUGCAGUGCCUACAGUACCACCUACUAAAGCCGACUUAGACUGGGCCACUGUCAUUCCUGCUAUUGCUGUUUCUUCAGCAGUUCUGCUGUUUCUUUUAUGUGCCUGUCUAUGGGUCAGGUGUGCUGGAAGAAAGAAAAGACAGCAGAAAAAAGUAAAUCCUUUUAAGGUAAUUACAUUCUGCUACAUGACAUUACAUGCCAUUACAUGAAUUUAAAAGUAAUUACAUUACUUUAAAUUCCCCUAUUAAUAGUUAAUACAUGUCAAACUUUUUCAGUAUCUGCUUGCUACUUACAUUGUGUUAACUUGGGACUGAACUUUUCAAAAUCAAUCUACCAAAAAUGAUUAUUUAAAAUAAGUAAAGUCAGUCUUCAAACUUUGUUUGUAAUGUUUGUCAAAAGCGAUACUUAGUUCAAUCUUCAGACCUCUCAUGGUGUUAUGAUAAAAUCCAGUUUCAGCAAAUGAAAUGCUGGUUUUUUUUUUCAUUAUAAAAGUUACAAUACGCUCAUUUGUGUCAUUUCCAUUGAUCUCCACAUUUUCCUCCUCAACUAUAAGCCGAAAGAGGCUUCAUACGAAAACCUUGAAGUAAAGGUCCAGGCUUCCCACGAUCAGAGUCCUCACAAAAAUCUCUACAGCGCUCCAAAGGUGAAAAGACCGAGGUGCGUAAAGUAUCUUAAUUUUGAGAAAUUUGUGUUACGAAAUUUGACAUCCUUAGCUACAUGUAUUGUACACCUCCAUUCAAGAAACGUAAACUUUGGUUCCGUUAAAAAAAAGUGUUCCCGCUACUAUUGUUUGUUUAUUGUCUGGUUGAUCCUUUGUAUCUGCCAGGCUUUUUUUCUUUCCAUCUAUUUUCUUGUUUCUAUUUGACUUUCGUUUUGGUAUUUAUUUAUCAAGUUGAUAGAACAAGAAAAAAUCGUCAUUCAUGAAAUUCUUUAUUUUAAUGCGCCGACAAAGCACCUGUCCAUUUGUGUCACCUUGCGAUCUUCGACAAAUGUAUCGAAUAUCGAAAUACAAUUCUUUUCAAGAUUACACCCCCUCCACCCCCUCCACAUCCUCUCUUAUUACAAUGUGGCUUUGUGGUGGAUGCGUUUGUCUAGUACUGUCUCUUUACGCUGAUACCCUUAACAUUUUGUCGAAGGUUGUAGGUCAAGUAAGUAAAGCCAUCUCACUAUUCUUCUAUCGAGUUUAGGCUUGUUUCAUUCCGUUGUUUUGAAUAGCAUAUCCAGUUCAAGAAGCAGUGAACAUUCGAUAAAAGGCCUCAAACUUCCUGAUACGGAUUACUCUCCACAUGUUACUCUAACCAAACCUAAUCAGCGGUACAGAAGAAGGACCGAUGUUAGAAACACCGAACAUAAAGGAAAAAGGAUAAAAGAUACCACCAAGGAAGUUACAGUGUCAAACGGACACGUCAAAAGAGAAAACCAUGUUAAUAGUUCAAAAGAUACCCACGAAACAAUAGAGGUAAAUGUACGCUCAAAGUUCUUUACUUAUCCUUACUGCAUUGAAAUAAAAUUGUUUUACCGUGGUCUUUGCCCAAAAGUUUUUGAUGCUAAGAACGGGAGCAGAGAUGACGCGGAGGACUCGUAGCACACUCGCAUCCCACUCGAGUGGCUUGGGUUCGAGUCCAAAAACCAGGAAGAGUCUGUAAUUUUUCUUUAAUUUAUCAUUAUGUAGAUGGAGCAAUUAGCAGGAGUGAUAGAGAACAUUCCACAAUUCAGAGAUGAGAAGCUUCUGUACGGCAGUCAUGGUCGCCAAGAAAAGUCUUUACGUUACACGCAACUCCCUCCUCUCGUGAAGACACCUUUGGUUGGAAAGGAUCCCUCUGAUCCAGAGAAAUUAACAGAGCUAAAAAAAGAAAAGCAAAGAAUCAUUGAUGAAUCAGGAGUACCGCAGGUAUAGCACUGUAUAACUAAAUAAAAAACUGAUGAAAAAAACAAAACAAAAGAAACGAAGCAAAUUCCCAAAUUACCCCGUCGUUUUCAAUUCUCUCCUCAUUCAUUGAAUUAUGUAGAUGUUUAUAGGAGAUAGGUGUUACACCAUUCAAUUAGUCAGUUACAACACUGCUAAGACUUAAAUGUCAGUACAACUCAUUUAAAAUCGUGCAUUAUGCACUUAAUUUAUACGAUCUAAUACUUAAACAAAGUGUGAGUGUCUUAAUGCUACCAUUUGAUUUCAUAAAAGUUAAAAAGUUGCUUAUAAUAUAAUUUUUUACAACGUUUACUCUCCCUAACAGGUGAAGUUAGGCAUCCAAAUCAAGUAUUAAAUUACAACUAUUUGUAAUUUGAAUCAAAUUUUCCGGCAAUACUUAAAUAUCAUACCUAAUGAUUUUAAAAAUGAUCACAUAGAAUUAACGUAUGAUAUUUUAAAGUUGAUAAAUUGAAGUGACAGUCUUUGAAUCGCACUCCUCUAUCAAGGAAAAUUAAAUUAAUGGAUCCAAAUGCCUGAAAACUAAAUAAAGUUCUGCAGUGCAUGUACUGUUAAGUUAAUUGUGUCACCUUGAAUGUAAAAUAGGUGACUAUAUAAAAACGAUAGAAUUUCUCACGCAUCUAUCUACUACAGGCGUGGUUGGAUAGAAUGCAAAUGAUUGAACUUCAAAAAAUAGUUGCUACUAACGACGCUGAACUUAAUGAAGAUGAAGAUACACUAAUGCUCAAGGUAAACACCAAAGCAAAUAGUUAAAACUAAGGCCUGUACACACUUUACAUGUCACCUGUAAACAAAGGUAGAUGUUUAAUACUUUCAAGAAUUUUAAAACAAGCCAGACAUUUCCCUGCAAAGAAACAGGAUUUUCCAAGUAAGUCUAGGUCUAAACUUGAUAUAAGAGCCCAACUUUUAUAGGAAAGAACGUCAUAAAAAUGUCCACACCCCUCGCACACAAGUUUAUCCGGGUCUUCUCGACAUCAAGCCAAGAAGAGUAUGAUUACUCUCCCUGGAUGGUAUACUUCUCUGUUCAAGGCUACCCUGAGUCAUUUCGGCCGGCCUCCUUGACAAUUUGCCGUUAUUGACGUAUGCUUUAGGGUAUAGAGGCAGGCCUUACAACUUCACACAAUCACCAGCUUGAAAGCCGAAUUCUAACGGGGUAACGACAGUCUAAGUCAAAGCGUCUCUCUCAUAAUUAUUUAUACUGAUUCUCAGGCCCACUCAUGUAGACGAGAAGUUGUAACUGCUGUAUGUGCUAUUUUAUAACCAAUUUAGGCAAACGUAGAAAGAUGGAGAAAUAAAAUGCUGCAUCGAGAGAAACUCCGUCAAGACAUGAGGGAAAAAGAACGAGAAAAGGAUAAAAAGUUGAAGAGACUGGAAAAAGAAGAAAGACUGGAACCGGAUAAAGAAAAAUCAGAGGUCUCGAAAUCUCUAAAUUUAUUUUCAUGAUAUUUUAAGUCAUAGGUGGUAGAUAGUAAAUGCUUGUGGCUUUAUGCCUCACAAAGUGGGAACGCAACGUCCCCGAAAAUGAAAUAAAUUUUAGCUUGCACAAAGCUCCAUCAGAUUUACCUUGCGAGGGCUGUUCUUGCGCUGGUUACGCAAUACCAGUCACUUACUGAAAGAAAUAGUGGAUGAUAAAUUAUGAAUUUUACAUGUGCCAAACUCUCUGUCAUUAAUGACGAGGUGAAGGCGUCCCCAUAAAUUGAGUCCCAGAGCAAGCUGUAAGGUGCCACAAAUUCUGCCCCUAAAAGUUUGUGUAUGGCAUCAAAGCCUUAUGAUCAGACUUACUCGACGGUAUGCGCUUCUUUUACAGGACCGUCCAACAACACCUCGAAGUCUUACAGCAGAGUAAGUCACAGUUCUGUUGUUUAUCGUUAUGUAGAACUCUAUUUUACCUGUGGGCUGAAUAAGUGAUACCGGUAAAUUUUCAGUCUUAAAACGUACCCAAUGACAAUUGAUUUUCACAGACGUAAGCGAAGAUCUCGUGUAGACCGUUGGCGAAAAAACAAAGUUGGUACCUCAAGCUCGAAGGGCACGAGCAGUAGCAGCAGUAGCAGCAGCAAUAGUGAUUCAGAGGAAAAGAAGAAAGACGAGAAAGCCGAAGAAAAAAAGAGGAAACAGAAGGAAAAAGAGAAAAGAAGGAAAGCAAAGGUAUUCCUAAACUUUCAGAUUUAAGUCAAGCCAUUAGAUCUAUUUCCUUAGGUGUUAUUAUCACAUUCCAACUUUUGUUCCUCUUUUAAAUAAUACUGAUUUCUUUGAUCACCGUUUCGUCAAGACCAAAAACUUUGCCUAUCGUAAUUUCUAGUCUUCUCAUCAAUCAUCGUUUCAUCACUAGGUGCCGCCUCUCGCGAUUGGCCAAGCUGCUCGAGAGGCAGCACGAGAAACAGCUUGGACAAUCAGAGAAACUCCUGGUGUUCGCCUCGUGUCUGUCAGACCGCACAAUGAGGUAAACUUGCGCCCGAACUAAACAUACUUUUUGACAGGUUUCAGUGGUCAUUUUAAUCAGUGACCAUUCUUUGUUCUAAUAUUUCCUUCAAUAGAAGUUACGUUGGAUGGUUCUAGGACACAAAUGGCUAUUGUGUUCCGUUGUUUGAAUAAGGACACCUCUUUCAAAGGUGUCCAUUUUGAAAAACGAACAAGCCAGUUUUGUGGCAAUGACGAAAAAACAAACUAAAAACAAGAAUGAGAAACCAGUUUUUUCAAAGCAAAAAGCGCUAACUCAGGUUAAAAGAUAAACAUAUUUAGCAUCAUCAUUAUCAUUUAUUUGCCUUUUUAAAAAAUAACAAAAAAAUUAAAUUUACAGCAUUAUAAUCGUAAGGCGAGGAGACCUCAAGAAACCACCGGAUUUAUAUAAGGGGCCACUCAACUUGGAGAAAUUUAUUUAACGACUGCGAAUACUGAGUUAUCUUAACGGCCUUUUCCAUUUUUCUUGUUCAAAAAUUGGUGGAUAGUCUUUAAUUGUCCGUCAUUUUGUCUCCUUCUCGCCUCUAUUAUUUUUAUUGAAAAACUAUUUUAUUCAUCCAUUCAAAUGCAACAGGGAUGGCAACCACAAGCACCUGAGUCCACGCCCACGCCGGUGUAUGAAGUGCCUCAGACACAUCAGGUAGGUGGUAAAGGACAAUCCUCCUUGACGAUGAAACCGGACAUUAAAUUUGAAUCAUUAAUUGAACUAAUAUAGUUUGUACAAUUUUAUUAGGAUUACCAUUAUAAUUGCUACGUUUUUAAAUUGAGUUUGAUCAGAGAAGUGGCUUGAAAACCAAAGGAAAAUAUAUAUUUCCAAAGCUCAAGUCAUGAUUCGUUACUUUUUAACUGUUCAUUUUCGCCAGGUUUCGCCCCGCCGUCAGCAAAGAGAUCGAGUCCAUUAUCUGCUGGAAACAGGGUACCCAGUCUGGCCCAUGAUGACAACUCCUCUUGUACAACCCGAAUAUCCAGAGGAAGAGGUUCAGUACGAGGAUAUGGAAGGUGGGUUGGGAAUAAGAAUUAAAAAAUGAGAAGAGCCUGUAACCACAUACUAAACAGUAAUUUUCAGAAAAUUGGUUGUCAUUCUUUCGCUUGUUCACUCCCGCGAUUUAAAAGAAAUCUAGAAUACUGGACAGAAUAGAAAAGCAUCAAGCCUGAAGGAAGUUGAAAGUGAAAACACGUCACUGUGGCACCAUUUAUGUUGGUUUAAAGGGUGAUCUGUAACUCUAAAUGUAAUAUCUAUUUUAUCCAAGCUUAUAACUCAAAAACACUCAAGUUUGUUACCAAAAUACUCAAUGGAGUAUUUUGGUUGUAUGAUCCCCCAUAAGGCUCUCAAUCAUUCUUAUGAUCCGUUCCCCCUGUCAUUGGCAGUUAAUCGGUGAUCAGUUUUCUAUAUCCCCUUCUUUAUAUUCUGUUGGCAACGACUGAUCCCCCUCUCUCCGUCCCCAAAAUCAAUCAUAACAAGAGAAGUGAAGGCUUUUGUUUGUUUGGAUUAGGUUUGGAUCCAUAUAUUCCUCAGUAUGAUCAAGAAAUACAUGUUAAUGGAGACACCAUCCUAAGUGUUCGCCCACCAGAACCACGGGAAGCCUUUGGUGACUCAAACUUUUACGACGACGAAGAACACAUUUACACAGAACCAAAUUUAACUCCUGCGUCACUUCCCCAUACACGCCUUGUGAACCCUCGUCAAAAUCAAACACGUCCACUGAUUCCUACACAGUAUGCACAUGGAUAUGUGGCAAGGCCAGCAGUGUCUAGAGGCCGUCCAACGUCCGCUUCACAACAACCCGGAGCUUCCAGGUCUGUUGGAUUGGGAAGGCCAACUUCCGCCAGGACAGACCCUGCAAUGCCUCGUUAUGCACCUUCACCACUGCGCUCGUCGCCUCCCAAUCGCAAUGUUGUUUCGUUACUGGUACGUUUCAGCCCCCUUUCUAUAGUGUUCAAGUUAAAUAUUGGAUGAUUAUUCAGACAGAACUCUAUGUGAUAAUUAUUUUCCACGUUUUGCAGGGUUCCAGAUACUUGCCAGGUAAUCGUCCUACAGUCGCCAACGCAGCUCAACCCAGCAUUGGUACGUCUCCGCGUUACAUGGUUGAUCCUGAACGGAGACAGGAACCUCCCAGCUCCUUCGACAGUGCGCGUAUGAUCCUAGCUAGAGCUAAAUCGAACCUCGACCGUUUCGAAGAAGACAGUAGAAUCAACGACUCACGUGAAACCGGUCCACCACCUACUUCGGAGCCUGUACAUUCCACACCGCAAAAGAAGAUACAGCCUCACGCUCAACCAGUCAGAGGGCAAAGUCGAUUUCCAUCACAGCAGGAAGUUCAUCCUAUUCGUAACUCCCGAAUGGAGGUGUCUGCAAGGGAACGUGCUGAGCUGGAGGCGCAACUGCUGGUGUCUCGCGCUUUAGCUCGGGCCAGAGCAAACGUAAGAACUUAGCAUUCAUUCACUACAGUGACUAUCAAUCUGGCCAACUAGGAAGGCACUCGCAUUUUCUCAUCUUACAGGCCUAUGCUCACAUUGCAGCUCCAACAAGGAGUUGCUUUGGUGUAUCGUUGAAUUGCUUUUAAAAGAAUCAGACAGUUGUGAAAAUGAAUUGAGAAGUUCACAGCGCAAACAAACUUAUUUAAACAUUUUCCGUACAGCUGUUUCAAUUGCCAUAGCUAUGACAUGGCGACAGAAAAACGGAAAAAUCAAACUCCCUUCUAGUGUACGGUCUACUUCAGGUUUAGAUAUUUUAAACUGCAGCAUAUAAUCUCUUGUCCAAGUCUGCUGUGCUCUAUGAAACGCUUGCAAAUCAACUAGUAAGAUGGAAAGAUUGUAGUCGACCAUGUAAAGUUUUAUCAGAUAUAUUUUGUAAGGUAUUUGCUUCAUGGAUAAUAGACCUCAUUAGUUUUAAUGCCCUUCUAGAUAUCCAUGAUGAUACUCGAGGUUCGUUUUUUUUUUCUUCUCAAAAUUAGUCGUAUUUAAAGGGAGGGUAAAACCUGUUGAGUAUUUCAUGUGAUCUCAAAAUGCAAUAAGCGAACAACACUGAUAGGGGUUAUUUUGAUUUUGCUACAUUUGAAUUGGUAGGUACCCUGUUAUUUGUUUGUGUUAUGUUUCUCAUCAUGGGAAUGUUUAGUACUGCUGACAUUUAAAUGCAAGUCCGUGUUGAUGUUAGUGUAAGCUUAUUGUUCAAGAUAAAAAAUGACAAAGAUAUAGUAAAUAUUACAGCUGUAAAUUUCUUAACAUGCCAUCCAGUCUUCUUGUGAAUAAGAUGAAGGAAAUGAAUAUUUGCAGACGAAAAGCCUGUUUAUAUAUAAAAAAUCCUAUGUCUAAAGAUAUUUUAUUGUUCAUAACAUUGAUUAAAAUAAGUUGUAUAAUAUGUAUGAUUAACUUUAAGAAAACAAAGUGGAUACAAAUAAACUUUUAUAAUUUGAAUGGUGAAUUUGGUGACCAUAUUUUCGUCUUCCGAAGGAGAGCAGGAAACUCACGACCCAUAGAGAUGAAGACUGGUUGUUCAGAAGUUUACUAAUUAGUUCUAACCGGAUGUUUAUCAUCGCAUUCUAUCUUUCCUAAUGUCCUAACCAUAGUAUUCUUUGUAAUCCAUAAGUUUUAAUUGCCUCUUUUAAUGAGUCGUCACAUGCUGUUGAGAAAGAAGUUAUCAUUACGCCCCAUUGCGUAUUAUCAUAAUCUAGCCAUUAUAACAGUUGCCGGACUAACCCUGAUUAAUCAGUGGAGAAAGUAAUCAAUCUUCUUAAUUUUUAACAUUUUAAUGUCUGAUGUAAUCAGUUAAUAUCAUUCUAAGUUUCAAGCACUAAUAAACAAAGCCUAACUUGCUAAAUUAGAGUGAAACUCAAAGAUGAAAAGCGAAACGUCCAAAGCUGCUUUUAAGGUGAGAUGACAUACAAGCUUAAGAUUUGUGAUGUCCAAUUGGUUAUUUAUUAUUUUUAUGAAAUUCGUGAAAAUGAGCAACCACAAUAGAAAGGUAAUUUACUGUUGGAAUGGGUUCAAUUCAGUUUUUUUGUAAAUAAAAUAACAUUGUCCUUGCUCUGUUCUUUUCCGUUCACAAAGUAAAGGCUGUUCGUUGUCCUUUUGGUACUAUUAUCUCUGAUUUUAAUUAUUAUUUAUUUACAGAAAAUGACGACCGCAAAACAACAAGGAAGCACCUUGUAAGUAACUCUGAUUUGAUUCCAUUUUAGUCGGCUGUUUUAUAUGUAGCUCACUGGUUGUGUUUACGAGAAGACGCAGCAUUUUUGUGACGCGACCGUCCGAGUAAAAAAACUCUAUUAAUAUCUCUGAUGAUUUUUAUUGCCAACGUAAACGUUUUUGGAUUCUCUUACUGAAAAAAUAUAUAUAUCUUAACAGACGUUUUUUGUCUGAGUAUUUUUAUGAGUUGCGAUACUACACACCAAAACGUGUAAUAAAUUCUCUAUUGUCCAACUGCUUUUUUUUCUGCUAAGUCUUUCUGCUAAGUCUUUCUGCUCGUUCUUCAUAAGGCGGGAAAAGCCAAGCGGAUAGAAAAGCGUAGCGCACGCAGCCGACUGGCUAAACAAGUGUUUUUUUACAGUACAAAUAACCAACUGUCAAAAUAACCGUACAAUAUCGCAGGAUAGUUGUACUCAUUUCGAGCGUUAUUUGCAUUCUACUUUGUGCAGUUCGAUAAUAGAUACGAGAUUGACCAUUUAUUGAAUUGUACAUCCGGUUCGUCUAUGUACGCGUGACUUACUCCACACUUUUAUUCUUGUUUACUGCUUACUACAGAGGGUUCCCCCUACAUAUAUCAGACUUUUCAGUAAGUUAGUUAACGAUAAUUCUCUCACGAAUGAAACUCUCUCCUCUACGUUGUGUUCGCUCUGCUCUCCUCCUUUACGUCUUGCGCAUGCAUCAGCUGGCUUAGAAGGAAAUCUUUUGAGAUGUUCUUUCAUUGUUAUUUCUUGCAGAAAUAUGCUUGAUCUUGUCAAAAAACGUAUCACCCAUCAUGCAGUCAAACCGAAAUACAAGAAAAAGACCAACAAAGAUAGCAGUAGCAGCAGUAGCAGCAGUUCAAGUAGUUCAGUAGAGUCUAAAAAGAAAGACAGCAAAUCUAAAGAUAAAAUGAAAAAGAAGUCAUUCGGCAAACAAGCCAUUGUGCGGCCUCUUCCGUCUACGCCUCCUGGUGCUCAAACAAAGAUUUGUCUAUAGUUACAGAAUAUCCACCUAUGAUAGAUAAGAUAAAGAAUAUAAUGCUAAGUUUAGAGAAAAAUGGAUAUUAUGAGGCAAAAAUAUAAUUAUUAUAGACGAGCUAUUUGUUUAUGCAUUACGUCGUUCAUCUGUUGGCUUCUAGCUUUGUGCCUCUAGUUUGAAAAAUCGAUCAUGGAUAAAAGUUCUAUCUUCCAUCUCCUGCACCCUUAAAGGAAAGCUAAAAGGGUGUUAACCUGUGUUUUGUUAUUGUUGUUGUUUUUUUCUCAAUGUUCGUGCUCGUUCUGAAAACAACUUUUACAGCGGCGUCCUCUGUUAAGUUACCCUCUUCCCCUACAGGAAAGAGUUGUAGCAAAUGCGGUCUUUGGCAGAGAGGUAAAUUGUGGAGUAUAGACUAUUAAACAUUUACCCUUGACUGCACGAUACCUUAAGUGUUUCCUUUUCCUUUUCAGAAUCCAUUAGGUACUCCAUACAUAGGCGUUUAAACUCUCUAUUUGUCAACUCAUGAUCGUGGAUACAAUUGGGCUAACACAUACAUACUUUAUUUUGUAACAUAAGAAAAAACUACAAGUGCU